AUGGGUACCGUUCGUCAAAAGAGAGCUGCAAAAAACACCAACAAAAACACUAGACGUACAGCCGACAGACAUAGAAAGAGAGUUACCAUCCAUGGUAAUUCCAUCAUCAAAGCCAAUUGGGAUAAAAAGUUGACAUUAAGACAAAAUUACGAAAAGCUUGGUUUGUUGACUUCGUUAAACGGUGAAUCUGGUGGUAGAGAAAAAAAGAUGCCCGAACCAAAGCCAACAGCAGCCAACAGUAGCACAGAGCCGAAAGAGCUCAAAGAGUUAACAGAGGAUGAUAUUGAGGAAAUCAAAAAGUCGCUGGGUCCAGGAGAGGGUUUGAUCCAGCGUGAUGAUGAUGGCAAUGUUGUGCGCAUUAUUGUGGGUGAACAAAAGACACAUGACGAGAUUCUGGAUGCUGAGGUUGCACCUGUUGAGGCAAAGACUGACGUUGUGAGAGCACUUGAAGCACAAGCCGCCAACGCCUUCCACCGCGAAAAGCAUCAAUCAGAAUUUGAGACAGACUGGAUCCAGAAGUUGAUCAACAAGCAUGGCGAGGAUUACAAGGCUAUGUUUUGGGAUAAAGAACUCAACGUAUACCAGCAAACAGCAGCACAAUUAAAAAAGAAGUGCCAAAAGUAUUUAAGCAAGAAAUAG